GUACCAUGGUGGUGCACGGGACGAGGUAUGCGCCUAUUGAGAAGGCGGCGUUGGCGGUAGUGAUGGCGGCAAACAAGCUCCGGCCUUACUUCCAAACUCACAGCAUUGUGGUGCUCACAAACUUGCCUCUCUGAACGGUCCUUGGGUCCAUGAACGUUUCAGGGCGCCUGGUUAAAUGGGCUGUUCAAUUGAGCGAGUUCGAUGUGAGUUACGCGCCCAAACCGGCCAUCAAAGCGCAAGUGUUGGCUGAUUUUGUGGCCGAAGGAGUGGUUGACGCGGGGAAUGGCGCGGAAGAAUGUUGGCAAGUUCAGGUGGAUGGAGCGGCAAGCCGAGCUGGUGCGGGAGCAGGUAUUGUGCUAAUUAGUUCCCUGGGCGCUAUGCAUGAAGUUGCACUGCGUUUCGCAACACUUAAAACGAACAAUGCGGUGGAAUACGAGGCGGUCCUGGCAGGGCUCCACAUGGAAAGGGAGUUAGGCGCCCAGAAGGUUAAUGUCCAAACUGACUCGGCGCUCGUGGUCAAUCAGUUGAACAAUGUGUAUGAGGUAAAAGAGGAGGCGCUGGGAGCAUACGUUCACUUAGUCAGAGAAAAGUGUGUGUGGUUUCGAGAGGCUACGUUCACACAUGUUCCAAAAGAAGAGAACGCCCAUGCUGACGCCCUAUCUAAGUUGGCCACGACGUUGGAUUUCGCAGAAGACAGAAAGGUGAUCGUCACCAAGGAAGCCCCACGUGAGGAGAGGGUGAUGGCGUCUAUUCUCGUGGGAACCGUGGAAGGAUGGAUGGCGCCUAUCAUGCUUUUCCUAACGCAGGGUGUGGUCCCGGAAGACCCAAAAGAGGCUUGGCGUUUAAGAAGGAAAGCGGCUCGAUGUGUCAUUAUGGAGGGAGUACUAUACAAAAGAUCCCACUCGGGCGCCUACCUACGUUGCCUCACAGAGGCCGAAGGACAAAAGGCUAUCGCGGAAGUGCAUCAAGGAACGUGUGGGAUGCACGCAGGCGCCCGGAGCCUAGAGAAGGUACUGCUAAGACAGGGAUAUUAUUGGCCAACAAUGAGAGCUGACGCUGGAAAGCACGUGGCCGCAUGCCAUCAAUGUCAAAUCCAUGCCAACGACAUACAUGUGCCGGCGGCACCCAUGCAAGGAAACAUAGGCGCCUGGCCUUUUGCCCAAUGGGGGAUGGAUCUUCUGGGACCCUUCCCCAAGGCGCCCGGACAAUUCAAGUAUUUGAUUGUGGCUAUUGAUUAUUUUACCAAGUGGAUUGAGGCGGAGCCAUUGGCAUCCAUCACGGAAGUGCAAUUGCGAAAGUUUACAAGAAAGAACAUCUUCACAAGGUUCGGGCUGCCGGAGUCGAUCAUCAUCGAUCAUGGCAAGCAGUUUGAUUGCAAGAGAUUCAUUGACUUCUGUGACGAAAAUGGAGUGGUCCUGAGGUUCUCUUCUGUAGCUUAUCCGCAAGCAAACGGGAAAGCGGAAGCGGCCAACAAAAGUAUAUUGCAUGGGCUGCAUACCCGGCUCGAAGAAGCCAAGGAAAACUGGGUGGAGGAACUUCCAAGUGUCUUGUGGGCGCAUAGGACCACCUUCAAAGUUGCAACAGGGGAAACGCCCUUCGCGCUGACAUAUGGUAGUGAAGCGGUGUUACCGGUGGAGAUUCGCAUUCCGACCUUUCGAAUGGCGCAUAAGAGGGGAGUCGAUGGAGGAGCAGGAGCGGGUCAAUGAGUUGGAUCUCCUUGAUGAGCGUCGUGAAAGGGAGGCUCUGCGCCUGGAGGCAAUGAAGUCGCAAGUGGCUCGCUAUUACAACAAGAAGAUGCGCCUGCACUGCAUGACAUUGUGGCUGGAAACUUAGUGUUGAAGCGCGACUUUCGCCCAAAAGCCACUGAUGGAAAGUUGGCACCAAAGUGGAAGGGGCCAUAUUGUGUGCAAGAGGUAGUUGGGCCGGGCACGUUUAAGUUGGAACAUUUAUCAGGAAAUGAGGUUAAGAGAACUUGGAAUGCCCAAAACUUAUGAAGGUAUGGCUUUGUGGAGGCCAAUAUGACAGGAGAAGAUGGCAGAGUGCCGGAGGGGGCGCCUAGCAGGUGGUAAUUGCAAGGGAAAGCGUCAAGCCUUGGGGUGUUUUUUGGUAGGAGUAGAGAGAGGCGCCGAUAUGCGCCAGUAGUAUUUUAAAGCGCCCUUAUGCGCCCGUAACAUUUAUGUAAAGCGCCAUUCAGCGCCCGGGAUACUUAAAGCGCCCGGUAAUAGCGCCCCAAGGCUGUUUUUUGAAAUCGGAAUAUAUAUACAUAAGUACU